AUGGGACUUCCGACUUAUAAAGCAGCUGCGCUGCUGUUGUGCCUUUCCGCUCCUUUUGUCUUGGCUGCCGGUGAAGUAGAGGAUGCUACUGAAAGUGACGGUCCGCUGAGAUCUUUUGCAAUGUCAAUUGCUAUGAUCGGAGUCUCUGAAAUAGGCGACAAGACGUUUUUAAUCGCCGCGUUGAUGGCGAUGCGCUAUAAAAGAAUGCUUGUUUUUAGCUCUUCUGCCAGUGCACUGUUCAUAAUGACAAUUCUGUCGGGCAUUAUUGGCCGUACCUUCACAUCGCUAGUACCUCAGCGUUACACCCAGUUCAUGGCCGGAAUUUUAUUUUUGGUGUUUGGUUACAAGCUCACCUUGGAAGGUCUAGCUAUGCCCAAGGACAUGGGGGUUGAUGAAGAGCUCGCCGAAGUAGAAGAGGAGAUCGCAGUUAAGGACCUUAACAAAAAUUUGGGACACGUUGAGAGCGGCGGAGCGCAGUCUACUUCAACAGCUCCCACCAACGUAUUUCUCAAGUAUCCUGCAGUCAACAAAGCCUACAACAAAGUGAAGGAUACGUUGGGCUAUGUUUUUAGUCCAAUCUGGAUUCAGAUUUUCGGUAUGGUGUUUCUUGGUGAAUUCGGCGAUCGCUCCCAGAUUAGCACAAUUGCCAUGGCAUCAGGAAGUGACUACUGGUUCGUCAUUUUCGGUGCCAUCGUUGGCCAUGCCAUUUGUACUGGAAUAGCUGUUUUGGGUGGUAAAAUACUAGCUUCGAAAAUCAGCAUGCGCACCGUAACACUAGGCGGUGCUUUCUCAUUCUUCAUAUUCGCAAUCCUGUACGUUCGGGAGGCUUUCGUUAACCCUAACUAG